GUUCCGCUUCCUGCUGCUUGCUUGUAUGCUUACUGGUGUGUUUCCCAUAAUUUAUAAAGUAUUUCAUUAUAUGUUUGUGUUAAUAAAAAAUCCACCCGGCAAAACUAGUACAUCCAAAACAUGCACAUGCUAUAAUCUAAUGAGUGUCAAAUUGUUAAAAAUAAGUUAAAAGUCAAUGAGUUGACAAAUCGAAUCGAGUACGCCGCCUCAAAAAGCUAAAAAGUUCAAGUUGUUUACACACCACGCCAAAUGUAGAUACCAUACAUACGUAUGUACAUAUCCAUACGAAUACAAGUGCAAACACAUGAUAUUUUAUAAAGCGCAUUUUUAAUAAUAACCAUUGCUUGUGAUUAUUUGUGUUCAAAUCAAAAGGUGCGUUUUAUGCAGAUGGUAGUCACAGCCUUCUAGAUGGCUGCAUUUUGAAAAAAUGGAAACAUUUGGCGGACUUUGGGUCAACGAGCAACAACAACAAAUACAAAAAAACGGCAGCUAGAAUACAACCGCGUGUGUGAAAGCCAUAGCAAUAGCAACAACGAGUAUUAGCGGCAACGACACUAAACAACAGACGUGAUUUGCCUCACCAAGACAUACAGUCUUAGACACAUCCAGAACUAUGGUGAUAAGCAAACCCGAAACAACGCCUAAUGGGGCGGGAGCUGGUGCAGCCGGAGCUACUGGUCUGGAUGCUGCUUCAAAUAGUAUGGCGCAUCGGUCGGGCAUACCACAGGAUCAAAUUGACAAUAUUAUGAGUGGCAUUGCUAACACGGGUGAUGUCAAAAUGAAUAAUCAUCGAAAGAAGCUUCGGCAAAGAUUUGAUAUUAUUAAGAAACUAGGUCAAGGCACUUAUGGCAAGGUACAACUUGGUAUUAACAAAGAGACGGGCCAAGAGGUAGCAAUCAAAACUAUAAAGAAAUGCAAAAUAGAGGCCGAGGCGGAUUUGGUGCGAAUAAGGCGAGAAGUGCAAAUUAUGAGCUCAGUACAACAUCCCAACAUUAUACACAUAUACGAAGUAUUCGAGAAUCGCGAGAAAAUGGUGUUAGUCAUGGAGUUUGCCGCUGGCGGUGAGCUCUACGACUACCUAUCUGAACGUAAAGUGCUUACUGAGGAGGAGGCGCGCCGCAUCUUUCGCCAGGUGGCAACCGCUGUCUACUACUGUCACAAGCACAAAAUUUGCCAUCGUGAUUUGAAGUUAGAAAACAUUUUACUCGAUGAACAAGGCAAUGCAAAGAUUGCCGACUUUGGAUUGUCAAAUGUAUUUGACGACCAACGUCUACUUGGCACCUUCUGUGGCUCACCGCUUUACGCUUCACCCGAAAUUGUAGAAGGAACUCCCUACCAAGGACCCGAAGUCGAUUGCUGGUCGCUUGGUGUGCUGCUAUAUACUCUAGUCUACGGUUCCAUGCCCUUUGACGGGUCCAACUUUAAGCGACUUGUGAAGCAAAUCAGUCAGGGCGACUACUAUGAGCCGCGCAAGCCGUCUCGCGCUUCCACACUUAUACGGGAGAUGUUGACUGUUUGUCCACGCAAAAGAGCCACUAUUGAGCAGAUAUGUUCGCAUUGGUGGGUCAAUGAGAACGAUAAUGUUUUCUGUCUAGAUUUGGCCGAAGAUUUGGCAAAUCAAACGCCAGUGCGCCUCGACGUGUUGCUGUCAUUGACGCCCACUGCAGUCACAGCGGAUCAGCUGGUUGUGCCAUCAGCAGACGGAGCAGCGGCGGCAGCUCCAGCCGCAAAUGCGGCAGCAAGCGAAAGAAUUCAGCGUUCGCAUUCUGUGGGUUCCAUUCGUGAUAUUGGGGCACCCAGCACAGAAGCAGAGCGUCGCAUUCUGGAUAUGCUGGAGGGGGAGGCUGCCCUGAUGCCAUCACCAACACGUACCAUAACGCCAGCCCAGAGUCCUGUACAAACGAAGCGAAAGCUGCAGCCCACCGUAUCGACUGAGAACGCGACUGGUACUACGGCCAAGAAGAAGGAAAAGCCGGCCAACAGCUCGUUUGUCAUUGGCGAAGGCAAAACACCACUGCUUGCUACAACAACGCCUUCCCAAGCAAUGGAGACCGAGAGCAACGCGGCGUCUGCCCCUGUGGUUCAACUAGAGAAUAAUCAACAAGAACAACUUAUUGCCGAACCUAUUGCUCCUGUAGCACCUGAUGUGCCCCGACAAGCAACACGGUCCAGACUGGACGCUGUCGUUGAAACGCCCGAGGAGAAGGACGCCACCAAGGUGAUCAAAAAGUUUGUAAACAAACACAAAACCGCCGAUCUGGUUAAUGCCAUCAAUGAGAGUGCUAACGGCAAGGUAACAGUUAACAACAAUGCAGCAUCGCAUCUACCGCAGGCAACACCGCCCUUUAUUCGUAAGUGCAGCCUGCAGGAUGAGGCCACACUCAACAAAUUUAACGCGGAACGCCGCAAGUCUCGCAUUCUUGAAACUGCUGAGAAAUUUCAGCCGCCACCAGCCACAACCCCAACAGCAACAGCUGCAGCGCCCGAAAAAUCGAAAAAACUCAGCAUACCCGGCGUCAGUGUGGGUAGCUUUAAAAAGGAAUUCGAGCGAAAGGCUACGAAUCCCACGCCCGUCACUGGACCAACACCUGGCGAGCGUCGCGCUCAAGAACAGGUCGCUGCGGCCGCGGCCGCCGCACAAGAAGCGGAGGCAGCUCAAGAGGUCUUGGCAACACCACCACCAUCACCGGUGGUGGUUAGUAAUUUGGAAGCGAGCGAUUCGAAGAACUCGGUUUCGUCCAUUUCCCUUGAAGAGGCGCGACGGUCAAUGGAGAACUCCAUUGCGCUGCUGCGGCAGGCAGAAAAUGAGUCCAACAAGGAGCUCGAUCAGCUCUGCUCCCAAGCGGAAACCAUUGGCAUCAACGAGACGACAUCAACCACGGCCACACCGGAAGAGCGCGAACGUAAGUUGAAGAAUGCGCGCGCCAUUAUCGGAAAUGCCAUACAGCCAGUGAUACGAAGGCCAACAACAUUAUUUGGCGUCAGCAACGGCUUCGGUAGUGGCGCUGAUGCCGGCGGGGUUGGGGGUAGUACCACCACGGUGCCGCCGUUACUCUUAAAGAGCGCAAACCAUUUUAUUGCUCCCACCAGAAGCAGCAGCAUAAACAUGGCCACAACAACAAUACAGCCAAAACCAAUAUCGGCACCAUCAAACUCAUUGGCGGCUGCUAAGCAAACGAUACAGCAACGACUCUUUUCGGGUGGAGUGCCUAGAUCGACGUUGCCAACGAUGACUAGACCGAGCAUCUGGCAGCCACAAGCUUCUUACAGCACGGCCAGCAUAUUCCAGCCGUUGCCCACGAACAGUCCAUUCAGACAAAUGCAGCAGCAGUUCCAGCAGAAAUGUCACGAAGCAUCACAGCACAGUGCUUUAUUCACACCACCGCCUUCGCCGUUGCACGCGCCCACUCACAACAAUGUCACCGUCGACAGCAACAACAAGUAUAGCAGCGGUAGCAGCAGCAGCAACAACAACAACACGAUGCGUAAUGUCAAUUACAAUGUCAGCUCGCGCUCGAGACCAUUUCAUAAUCAAGCUCAAGAUACACUCAAUACAUUUGCCUUGCCUGCGGCUAUGUGGCUGAAAUCUUCACCUGGCGGAGAUGUGUCGCCAAGCGGGGCAGUUAAGACCUCAACUGCCUCCAUUACGCUCAAGUCGGCAACGUUGCCACGCCGCAAAAUCAAUGCCAAGACGGAAGUGCAACUUGAUAUUAAACCGUGCAUUGCAGAGCAGCCACAGCCUGCGAUGCGGUUCAGCACUGAGAUACAGCAUCCUGUGGCCGAUUUGCGCAGUGCACCACCACGUGAGGGACCCAUUCCUUACAGCCCCAUCAAGACGUCACUGCAUGCUCGUGCCACCAGUCUGGAGCCGAAAGAGCACAUCAUAACCAUACAAAGGCCGCCAACGCAACCAGCCUAUGGACGCACCAAUUCCAACACCACUACACGCUCGGGUUCGCUGUCACGUCAAUCCACUGCUGAUUCCGAAAUCGAAACAAGCACAAUGUCACAGUCAACUAUUACUGGAGCUGGGGGCCAAGGCACCAGCAGCACUUCACAGCCCAUUAAGAAAAGUCCACGCGAAUUCAUCAUACCGAUUGCCGUUGAGGGAGGCGGCUUUAUCACGCCUCGGGAACGCAGCAUUGAACCAUCCGAGUCGAGCCACACAACCGCCUCCAGCCGCACUACGUUCAGCCGUCUGCGUCCAUCGCAUCGUAUUGGCUCAUUGCUUAGCGACACCGGUUUCGAUGAGAGUUCGCCAUUCCAAAAGAUGCGCACAACUUCUUUCAAUCGUGAUGGCGGUGAAGAUGAUUCAUUAUUCACACCGCAUAGACUAAGAAGCUCAAGGCCCGUCAAGAAAAUCAGCCAGGAUAAUGAUUCUCAAAGUUCUGGUGAGGAAGAUGACGAUGAUGGCUUUGAAAUACUUACAGCCGAAAACCUAUUCUCGACUUUGCUACAACGUGUGCGCGCACUGACAAAUCGAAUGAACGUCAAUAGUGACCUCACAGCCGGGUUUCCUAGUCAUUCUAGUCGCUUGUUAACGGACAUCUCUCGACAAGCACAAAGCCACAGGCCAUUCUGGGGUCAAAGCAGUCCUUUUGGCAGAUCCCAAGUCAGUUAUAGCUAUACCGAAACAGUUGAGAGGAAGCACGUUCGUCUGAACAGCAGCAGCAACAGCAACGUUAUCAAUGCACCCUGGCGUCAUAGUAUGUCCCGGGAUCUGGGCAGCGAUAUGGAAUCAAUGUUCUCACGCACGGGCGCCACGUUGCCAAGAGGCCAACACGCUAAGAACAAUGCUAGCAAGGCCCAGUCUGAACAGGGAAAUAUAGACACCAGGAGUUCGAUAGCCACAAAGGCAACCACAACAGAGUUGGUUGCCGGGGAAGGACUGGACCUGGCUGACUUGGACUUGUCACGCUUGCGUCUCAGUAAAAAAGAUCUCGAGACAUUAUCUAGCAUUACGCCGGGUCUUCCAAAGUGCUUCCAAGAGCAGCUGCUGGCCAAACUUCCGCCAACGCAAGCACGUAAACUAUCCCGAACACUGAGCGUUCAGAGUGGAACUGCCAACAGCACUCCCAACAUUAAAGUGUACAAACGCAGUCAGAGCAGUGGUCGUAGCUAUUUGUCGGAGCAACCGGAAGAGGAACCUAAACACAAUGCCAAAUCACUAAUAGACGCACCUAAAACAACAGCUGCCAGCACGGCUACGUAUCAACGCAGUCUGAGCCGAGCACCUAGUCAGGGGCCACCCACCGAAGCAACAACUACCAAAAUGAUAACUGGCGCGAAGAGUCGCAGUAGCAGCAUAUGCCGCGAUGAUCUUAGCAAAUCGUCACUGUGUGGCAGUAACUACACCAGUGAUAUUAGUGACAAAUAUAAAUAUUACUCUCCAUAUUUAAGCAAGUCGGGCAAUGGAACUUCGAUUACGAAGGAGGUGUCAGAGAAGCGAUACAGCGCUGCUAUGGGACGUCCACCAAGUGGUUACCUGUCGCCACCACCACAAGCCCAGAGUGCUCCUGUGCCUGAGGCCGUGGCUGACAGCAGCAGCUCCUUGCGUAGACGCUCCUCGCAGCGGAGAGUCUCCCGCUUCCUGCGAUCAGACUUUUUCGAUGAACCUCGAGAGCGCGACUCUCAAAGUGCACUUCGAGAAAUACAAGAAGUAUCAAGCGUUCGUCUAGAACAAUCGGAUUUGCGGCAUCGCAAGCACAGCCUUCCAAAUGUAGAGGCAGACAUUGAGACAAGUCAUGCUACGAAGAAACACGCACGCAACAAAAGUCUGGAACAGUUUACAGAUCCUAUGCUUGAAACACAUAUUGAACUCACUGAAAAAAGACGUAAUGAGCUGCGACCCAGAGAGUUUGAAAGCGAGCUGGGCAAGCAUGAGAUUGCCAAUAAAAUAUUGCAGGAACUGCAACUGCUUUCCGUCGCUCGUACACAAAGCGAACAGGAGCAGCUCAUGACAGAGCCGCAACUAACAGACAAAUCUGAGGAAAAAUCCACUAUCAAAAAAUUAAAGAAACCCAAAUCCAAUGAUAAGAGCUUAGAGAAAAGUAACGAUGCCGAUACCAUUAAGACAAUUUCCUCAACGACAACAUCUAUAGCGACAACAAACCUUGUUCGCAAAGUCAAGAAAGUAUCUAAGAAAUCAGCAGACGAAGUGAGCUCAUCUCUUACCACAGAUGAAAAGGCUAGCGACCCACAAUCAACGACACCAGCAGUUAAGGAAACUAAAUUGAAGCGUCCCAAAUCAUACCCCAUGAAAGAUCUGUGUCUAACCCUCAAACGCACUCCAGAAUUGUCACAAACAGAGGCAUCAGUAUUGACGCCGCCAACUAAUUUUUCUAGUAAAGUAUCCAAUAGUACAGUUGAAGUCCCCAUUGACUCUUCUGUGAAAGAAAGCCGUCUAAUGCGUCCGAAAAGCUACCCGGCAACCAAACUAACUAUGCCCAAAGAUCUUAGAAAAGUAACACGAAGUGGCGUUGCAAUUCCCAGCACCGUUGAGACUAUCUCAGCCUCGACAACUGCGUCCAGCUCGAAGUCCACAUCCGAGGAAAUAUCAUUUUCUACUAAAACGCCCUUGAAUACACCAUCUGACAACGCCAUUUCACCACCGAUAGAAUCUCGUCCGAUUUCUACCAAAAAAGUGACAAAAGUUUCCAAAAAAUCCAAGCUAGCAACACCCACUCCGGUAAUGACUAACGUAUCUUCUUCAUCUAUAACUGCCUCGACAACAAAGACAACCCCUCCAGUCGAAAGUUCAAAGGAGUCGAGUCCGAUUAUUAGGUCAAAGGAAAAAUCGCCUGAAAAAAAGUCAAGUAGGGGUUUGCUCUACGCCAUCGGUCAGAAGUUUGAGAAGCUCCGCGACUCAGCGAUGAGUAAGGAAAAGAAGAUUAAUACAGAGAAGCCCAGUUCAACUCUGGUGUGUACUCACAAGCAAGAUUCAACCGACGACCGCAGCUCCCCUGAAAAGUCGUCUUCAACUCGGCUUCGAAAAAAGAAGUCCUUGGAGGCGGAUAAGCAACUAGAAACUGCAGCUGAGUUUAAGCGUUUAGACAAGCGAUCCCGCUUUGAUACAAUGCUAAGGUCUCUUCGAGAAAGAUCUAUGCCACGGACACAGGGCGAACCAAAUACAAGUGUCAAUCCCAAACGUUCCGCAAGUGUUGAGGAGCUGCAUAUAGAUAAUUACAGCACCAACGGCAGCAGCGGAAAACAAAGCGGAACAGUCAACAAAAUGCUCGGUGGACUGCUGAAGCGUUUUGAUCGUGAGAGUAGCGAACAGCGUCGAGUGUGCAACUCACGUUCCACCAACAACAUUGAACGGGAAGCCCGCGAAGAUCAAAAUGAACCACCCAUCUAUCAGAACAUAGGCAAAGCCAUGGCCGAAGUGAACUGCAACUGCGAAACUGUCUGUCCAGACUGCGUACAAAAUCAGAGUGCAACACGCAGUACCAGUAGAGUUAGUCGUAGCGGCCACACAACCAUGGCAACCGGAACUGGAACAGAAUCGGCAACGGGCACAGCAAGUAACAAGGACAAACGGAAGGGCCUCAUGCUGGACUUAAGUAAUGUCACCAGUGGAAAUGAAACUGGAACAACGACAAGCACAGUCCCAAAUACAGGUAGCACGAUGACAAAUGCCUAUCGCGGGUCGAAGACGAACCCGGCACUGCUGAAUGGCAACCCGAAUGGACUGUACUCCAAUUUGCCGCCUUAUCCAGGCGGUAUAAAGAGUGCAUCCUCCAAUAAUAGCUUCAGCCAACAAUCGAUGGAUAAUGUCACCAACAACAAUUCUAUUAACACCAACAACAACUGCAGUUCUCAGACUUCUGGCUAUCGCACUUCGUCGGCAAACGAAAUUAAUCGCAACAAUUUGUUGACACCGUCGUUUGAUAACAUUGCCAACUACUCUUCUGAUUCGCGAAGCUACCAAGAUGACUGUGCAUCGACGUCUACAUUUAUGUCGCCCACCGAGGAACCAGAGUUAUACUUUGACAACUGGUCAAUUUGCUCAGAGGAUAACUACAUGUUACAUGCAACACCAUCACCGACAGUAUCUCGACUGUCCCGUGCCUCACAGCUAUCGUCGCCAACACGUUGCUCUGAGAGUUCCGAUCCCAACGAGAGUGUCAUUGAUCGAAUUAAGCGUCGAAGCUUCUACAGCCGGUUUAACGAACAGAAGCCACGACGCACAAGCAGCAUUGUGGGUCCAUCAGCAGUUCGCGAUUAUUACCGUGAGCAGCAUGCGGCACUAAAAGCACGCUCCAGUCAUAAGUUGCAUGCACCUGAACCAGAGACGCGCGGUCAUUCCCCAGACAUUGCACAGCAGUUUUUUAGGCCCCUAAAGUUAAGUCCCGUUGGUACUGAGCUCAAGCCACCCGUCUAUCGCUCAACAUUGGACUACUCAAACUCCGCGUCUGCUGGAGCAACAAGCAAGCCUCGCAAGAGUCUCAAUGAUAUUCGCAAUACAUCGCCUUCGUUCCUGAGUAAGCGGUAUGAGCCGCAUACCGAAUAUAGCUUUGUGCCGCUGCGCUACAAGAGCUCUUCCAGUUCCAGUCCCAGCACCGGCACUGUUGGCGGCGCCAAUGGCUACUACAAUACAUAUAAUCCAAAACGACGCUCGUCGUAUACUUUAAACGGAACUUUACCUUCGGGAAGCGUUGCCACCGCUAGUAGUCAUUUGGAUGGUUAUGUCACACUCGGACGACGCUCAAUUCGACCAUAUGAUCACCGUACCAUGUCAAUGCUGGAACCUCCGACAGCUGGUACCGGUUGCACCAGCGGUAUCAGCGGCGCUGGUAGCUACCACAGGCGUGAAGCUCGCACACCGGUACGCGACUACACAUCUAGCAUCUCACGCUCCGGUUCACGUUAUCGCACCUCGUCGGCCACGCGCAGCCCUACAAAUAUUUGAUGUUCCACACCGCAGAAUGGCUUCUGCAUCUUCUGCUAUUACUCCAAACGCAAGAGGGCAAUUCAUGCCUCAC